AUGUUGGUGUUUUCGCCCUUCUUCGUCGGAGCGGUCUUCGCCGGCCUCUUGGCGGUCUACCUCGUCCGCUGCAUCUCGUCGCCGUUGUGGAAAUUUCCCGGCCCGCGGAUAUCGGCCUUCACGUCUCUUCCCCUGAAAUGGCAUGAGCUGCGCGCGAACCGGACGAAACACAUUCAUGGCCUGCACCAGAGGUAUGGCCCAGUCGUUCGCGUUGCGCCUGACGAGGUCUGCUUCACCUCCUACGAGGCCGUUAAGGAGAUUUACUGCUCCGGCGGCAGUGGCUACGACAAGACGGAGUUUUAUGACUUGUUCAGAGUUUAUGGACGGAGGACCAUGUUUACAACACUGAACAAAGAAGAUGUACGGCCGCCCCCCCCCUCUUUCCCCCUUGGGCUGCGACUCGACGCAAAGGCAGAGAUGAGUGACUUACCAUGUAUGCCAGCACGCGAAGCGAAAGAGGAUAAUUGCAGACCGGUAUGCCAACAGCAACGUCCUGCGGCCGGCGCCCCUCAGCGGGAUUCAGGAGAGGUCGCAAAGGUUCAUCAACCGAUGCGCGGCGUCCGUGGGCAAGAGCCACGACAUCUUUGUAGGUCCAAAAUUACGACAAUGAGUCUUCACUCGUACGCCUGCGACUGCGUCACACACCACCUGUUCCACCCGUACGGCAGUAACUGCCUCGAGAACGAGGCGGACGAGGAGAUGAUGCAUCAGGUCGCCGCCGACGACAGCCUGCAGAACCGCCUUGUCCAACACUACAGCCCUGCGCUGCACAAGCUCCUCUCCAGGAUCCUCUACCUCUUCGCCAAGCCCCGCGAGACGCCCCUCGCCGACACGUUCGUGAUGGAGUCCAGCAUGAAGCCCGACCCAGCUUCUUUCACGCUCCUCAGCCGGCUGCACGAGAAAUCGGGCGGCGGGCAGCAGGGCCUGGAUCAGCUCGACAUGGCGGGCGAGUGCCUCGACCACAUGGCGGCGGGUAUUGACACGACGGGCGACGGCCUAUGCUUCCUCAUGUGGGAGCUCUCGCAGCCGCGGUCGCUACGGUUCCAAGAGGCGCUCCAGCGGGAGCUGAGAGAGAACGCCGGGGCGGCGAGCACCGCAGCGUUCGACAGGCUGCCGUUCCUGGACGCCGUCGUGCAGGAGGGCCUGCGGUGCUUCCCCGCCAUCCCCAUGUCCCUGCCGCGGUACGUGCCCCGGGGUGGGCGGGCGAUCGAUGGAUACUUUGUUCCGGAGGGGACCGUCGUCAGUUGCCAGGCUUAUUCCGUCCACCGCAUCGACGGCAGCGUGUUUCCCGAGGCGGACGUGUUUGACCCGAACAGGUGGAUGGAGCCGACGGGCGAUGCCGAGAGGAAGCGGCUUAUGUUUGCGUUUGCCAACGGAGGCAGGGGGUGCGUUGGAAAGCAUCUGGCACUCGCGGAGAUGAAGACGCUUUUGGCGGACAUCUACUCCCGUUACACGACACUCCCUGAGGCGUCAAUGACGGCCGAGUCGAUGGCCAUGUCGGACCAGCUCAUCUCGUCGCGGCCGCUGGGCCAGAGGUGUUUGCUGCGGUUUAUCCCUGUUGAAGACGAGAAGCAAGAAUGA